ACUGGUGAAAAUACCAUCUGUCUCUACUGUCCUCUCUCAAUUCUGCACAUUCAAACUACAGAAGAGAAGAUAAUCUAUUUGCAUUCAGAAAUGCAUUUGUUUCUUAUGGCUGUUGGUCAGAGUUAGUCACUGCAAGUGCAUACAGGUUUCGCUUGACAAAGUGUAGAGUUAAAGUUGCAAAAGGUUAGUCUUGUGAGAGAAACAAACUAACAGGGCAUGUAUCGACAAGAUAAGAGGGCGGACAGAGAAUGCUACCUGCCAAAAUAUCGACGUUCUGAUUGGCUGAUGACAACGUCACUCAUUUUGAAGUCCUGUUCCCAGCCAGGAAAGCACUUAGCACAAGUUUUGGAACUCAGCCUAGCGAGCCUUCUACCUGGCCAAGGUCUUGUCCGCGGUCCCUAGCCUACAAAAAACAACGCUGGUGACCGGAGAGGUCGUAACUGUUACUGAUCGACGAUGGCCUCGCAGAAAGGGACGUUUGCUGCCGUUUUACUUUGUCUCGUCGUGUCCAUGACUGUAGCUUUAGAGGUGUCCAUCCCUCAACGGACCUAUGAGUUCGCCAGGGGAGACAACAUCACUAUACCAUGCAGCUUCAAACCCAAGAACCCAGUCAACGAUCUGGUCAUCAUAUCCUGGUUGGCUGAAGCAGACAAACCCGGAGAGCCAGAGGUGUCCGUCCUUACCUCCUACUCUACUGGUGUCCUGGACAUCAGUGACAGGUAUGAAGGAAGAGCUUCCCUGGAGCAGGACCUAGCUAAAGGAGUAGCCAACCUGAAGCUCUCCUCCAUCGGUCUCCAGGACAACCGACUAUUCGACUGUCGGGUCGCCAUCCCCAAGGAUGACAAGGGUCAGCUGGCUGACACCACCCGUCUGGUGGUCCUGGUGGCUCCCUCUGUGCCUGUCUGUAAGAUCGAUGGGAAGGCAGAGUACUUCCAGGAUAUCAGUCUCACCUGUCAGUCUGAAGAGGGCUCUCCUCUUCCUACCUACAAGUGGCAGGGCUACGACGUCAGAAACAUGCCCCGAGCACCUGCACCCAAGACAACAGACAAGGAUGGUGUUCUGUCUCUCUUCAACCUCACCAUGGAAUCCUCAGGAUACUACGUCUGUACCUCCACUAAUAAGAUCCGCAGUGCCAAAUGCAACCUGACGCUGUCCGUCAUGCCACCGUCUAUGGCCCUGGGUUCAACAGCGGGUAUCAUUGGUGGCGUUGUGGUUGGUGUUCUGGUGCUGCUCAUAAUCCUCAUCUACUGCUGCUGCUGCAGAAAGAAGGACAAAGCAGAGGAGUACGCUAUGGGGGUUCCAGAGGGGGAGGAGUUCCACGACGACAAACCCGUGGUGAACGGCGAGGAUCGCCAGACGCGCAGCAAGGAAGGCGACGAUGAAGACCACCCACCUAAGAUCGCGGACCGUCGCGACCAGUACAAGGAACGCAGUGAGAAGGACUACGAUGACCGCCGCAGCGACUACGAUGACCGCCGCGAGCACCACGAUGACCGCCGCAGCGACUACGAUGACCGCCGCAGCGACUACGAUGACCGCCGCAGCGACUACGAUGACCGCCGCGAGCACCACGAUGACCGCCGUAGUGACUACGAUGACCGCCGCAGCGACUACGAUGACCGCCGCGAGCACCACGAUGACCGCAGGGACCAGGAUGACCGCUACUCUGACCGCCGUGACCGGUACGACCGUGAUCGUGUUUACGAUGAACGCAGUGACGGCGGACGGUACAGUGAUCGUUAUGAUGAGCCCUACGAUGAUCGUGACAGACCUCCCAGUGUACCGGCCAAUAAACCUGCUAAGCCUUCUAAAAAUAGAAUAGAUUAGAACCACUUAAUGUUUACCGCAACUUGUGUUUGGAAUGGUUGAAAAUAUAAUGAAUAUUAUAAACAUAGUAGCUGCUGUAGGUCAGGCUUCACAAAGGGCCUAGCUGCCAGACUGAACUCGUCACAUCAAUAACAGGACGACAGUGACACAACAAAAGGCUGUAGAUCAGGGAUCAUCAAAUAGAUUCAGCCGCCGGAUGGUGUUUGUCCUUCAGCAGAAGUUCAGGGGACCGGAACAUAAUUAUAAAUCAUUUGUAGACGGCAAAUUGACUGCAAGAAACCCAAACGGAUGUAAUAUUUGACAAAUAUAUAAUAAUUUAGAACCUUGCUUACAUUUGUAUACCCUCACAUAUAAAGGCCUUCAAUGUGGAGUACAGCCUAUGAUUGAAGGAAGGGCGGCCUCCAUUCAGUUCAGUAGUCAGGAAGCCAAUUGGAAUGCUGAUUCAAAGAUUUGAAAAGUGCCAUCUAGUAUUUUCAAUUAGGAUUUUUUUAUUCUUGAAUCUGAAUUUAAAUGUGCUUUCUGUUACAAACUGCCAUUGCCUGGAUAAGACUGUAUGAAUUCUCAGUGCAUCUUAUUGGAUAAUGCAUUUUUCCUCCUGCCUUUGUCUACUGUUGGUGUGACAGAAGAGCUUCUCACGUCAGUCUCAGGUCUUGACUGUUUGAGAACCACAAGCUUUCUGGUGACGGUUUGUUUGUUAUUAUCAACUGUAGAUUGAUAAUAACCUCAUUUAAAAUGUUGGAGUUACAUGUAAUAUCAACUGUAGAUUGAUAAUAACCUCAUUUAAAAUGUUGGAGUUACAUGUAAUAUCAACUGUAGAUUGAUAAUAACCUCAUUUAAAAUGUUGGAGUUACAUGUAAUAUCAACUGUAGAUUGAUAAUAACCUCAUAUUAAAUGUUGGAGUUACAUGUAAUAUCAACUGUAGAUUGAUAAUAACCUCAUUUAAAAUGUUGGAGUUACAUGUAAUAUCAACUGUAGAUUGAUAAUAACCUCAUUUAAAAUGUUGGAGUUACAUGUAAUAUCAACUGUAGAUUGAUAAUAACCUCAUUUAAAAUGUUGGAGUUACAUGUAAUAUCAACUGUAGAUUGAUAAUAACCUCAUUUAAAAUGUUGGAGUUACAUGUAAUAUCAACUGUAGAUUGAUAAUAACCUCAUUUAAAAUGUUGGAGUUACAUGUAAUAUCAACUGUAGAUUGAUAA